CGGGAGUUGGUCUCAAAACGCGACGAGCUGGGCUUCGAGCUUUGGUGCUAUGUGCUUCGUCUUUCGUGUGUUGGUGCUACAUGCUUCGUGAUCUGACCUACGUGCUACGUGAGCUGGUGUGCUACGGGUGCUACGUGCUUCGUGCUUGCUACCUGGUUCGUUCUUCUCCAUCUCUCCCUCUCUCUCUCUCUCUCUCUGUGCUACCGGUGCUGCGUGGUUCGUUCUUUGGUGAUACGUGCCGUGCUAGCCAGUGCUUGCUCGGUGGUUCGUUCUUUGGUGCUACGUGCUUCGUGCUACGUGGAUCAUUCUUUGGUGCUACGUGCUUCAUGCGUGCUACGCGGUUCGUUCUUCUCCAUGUCUCUCUCUCUGUGCUACCGGUGCUACGUGAUUCAUGAGCUGUGUGCUACGUGCUUUGUGAGCUUGGUGCAACGUGAAUCCUCCUGCGUGCUACGUGAACUUCGUGCUUCGCUGCUACGUGCUUCGUGCUCUGACCUACGUGCCACAUUGCACGUCGAAGUGCUACGUCCUACGUGCAUCGUUGCUGGCAGCGUAAAUCUGAGCUUGGUGCCACUUGAUUACUGAGGUUGGUGCCUACCUGAUUCGUCAGGUUGGUGCUACGUGCUCCCUGAGGUUGGUGAUACAUGAAUUGACCUGCGUGCUACUCGUGGCUUAGUGCAACGUGUGCUUGAGGCAUUGUCUACUUUUGUGCAACGUGGAGGGCUGGGGUAAAUCAUGGUCGAAGGCUUGCGCAUUGUUGGUUGAUUGUUGUCGACUGGAGGCUUCGUUGGCAUGGCUGAUUCAAGGGGGAAGAGCGUGAACUGUGGAAAGAAAUGUCGAUGGCUUGAAAUACCUGUUGCGGGUCGACAGCGAGAGGAGAAUGUUGAGCAGGAAGAACUUGAGGAGGAGGGAGACGAACUUUGGCUGGUGGACGAGACGGACAAAGGAGAAGGCCCAAGAAAAAGGGCUCGAGAGGAAGGCAACAAGAUGCCAUCGUCUGUGACAUCAUCUUUAAGCGAGACAGCUCAGCCAUGGAUGACACGAAGAGUUAGUAGAAAGGUUGGCGGCAUGGCAGAGGCACUCUCCAUCGCCAGCAGUCUCGGCUUUCGCAUCCCGGACACAGCCACUGGUGGAGCAGAACAGGGCGGUUCGGGCAAAGGGACUUCACCUGGACGAGACAGUCCAAACGAUCAGCCUCUCAUUCGCCUCCUUACACAGUUAACUGUCAUCCAGCGGGCUUUAACAAACUUACAAUUUGAACUCGAGGGUCGUCGGGAUGAUGAACGCAUUGCCCAUUUGACGAGCACAGAGGAGCUGGAGAAGAAAGCCAAGGCCCUAGCAAAGAGCACUGCCACUCUGAAAGCAAUCAUUCAGAAUAAGGAUCGAAUAAUUGCUCGCUUGCAGCAACCCUUCUCAGCAGAUAGCCUGCCAGUGGAGACCGCAUACCAGAAGGACUUUUAUGAACUCCUUAUGCGUGCAGCCUCUGAUUGCCAGUACUUAAGGGCAGCCAUUGAAGAUGUGCAGUGGGCACAGAACUACAACGAGCCACCAUCUUCAUACUCGGAUCUGCUUCGGCCCAUUCCAGCUGCUCUAGCCUCUAGCGUCCGAUACCAUGACGCUCUGCUAUCAAUGUCCCAGUCAAUGGCAGACGUGCAGAGGAUUGCACUUGGUGAGAGGAACCAGGCAUCAGUGGAGGUGAAGUCCCCGGCAAGUGACAGGAUGAUCAGUGCAAGAGAUGUACCAUCCAUUCAAGCAAUCGAGUCGGCAGAUAUGACAAACUUUGGCAGCCCUUUCCCACCGAUGUCAGAUGCAACAACCAGCCUGCUUCAACAAGGCGAUGGACAAGAAGAAGAUUAUAACAUGGCCAGGAUUUCACGGAGGAGCUAUUAUCUCGACAUGGAAUUCGGCUCUUCCACCCCCUCCUGCAGUGACUAUACCCCACAAGACAGGUGGUACUAAAGGAGGGACAAUAGGAAAGAAUGAAGCAACGGAUCGUGCACGGCUGUUCCUGAUCUCUUGUGCGUUUCACGGCUGUUCUUGAUGCCGUGUUGGACUGAAUCACAGUUGUCAGACAGACGGACAUGCAUUCCAUGCAGGCAAAGUAGACAGCCAUCUGGCAUCACUCGUUGGAGUGACUAUACCCCACAAGACAGGUGGUACUAAAGCAGGGGCAAUAGGAAAGAAUGAAGCAACGGAUCAUGCACGGCUGUUCCUGGUCUCUUGUGCAUUCCAUGGCUGUUCUUGGUUUCGUUUUCGACAGAAUCGCAGUUGUCAGACAGACGUACAUGCAUUCUAUGCAGGCAAAGCAGACAGCCAGCUGGCAUCACUCGUAGCAGUGACUAUAUGCCACAAGACAGGUGGUGCUAAAAGAGGGAUAAUAGGAAAGAAGGAAGCAACAGAUCAUGCACGGCUGUUCCUGUUCUCUUGUGCAUUCCGUGGCUGUUCUUGGCGUCGUUUUCGACUGAAUCACAGUUGUCAGACAUACGUACAUGCAUUCUAUGCAGGCAAAGCAGACAGCCAGCUGGCGUCACUCGUUGCAAUGUAGCACGUGUACCGACUGCUAUAUACAAAAAGCGGACUGGACUCGUGACCGAAGCUGCUCAUGGACCUUGUCACAGAGCUAUCUGACAGCUAUUGCCACUGAGCGAA